UUAAGCUACUGGGUUCAUACCCCAUUUAUAAAGGUUAUAAUCCUUUUCUUUUUAAUUUUUAAUAAUUCAUCAAAAAUUUUAUUUAUCACAAUUAUAAUUAUUGGAACAUUAAUUACAGUUUCUUCUAAUUCUUGGUUAGGAGCUUGAAUAGGUUUAGAAAUUAAUUUGUUAUCUUUUAUCCCCCUACUUAGAGAUAAUAAUAAUUCUAUAUCAACAGAAGCUUCUUUAAAAUAUUUUUUAACCCAAGCUUUAGCAUCAACUGUUUUAUUGUUUUCAUCAAUUUUAUUAAUAUUAAAAAAUAACAUAAAUAAUGAAAUUAAUGAAAGUUUUACAUCUAUAAUUAUUAUAUCUGCACUUUUAUUAAAAAGAGGAGCUGCUCCUUUUCAUUUUUGAUUUCCAAAUAUAAUAGAAGGACUAACUUGAAUUAAUUCAUUAAUUUUAAUAACUUGACAAAAAAUUGCCCCAUUAAUACUAAUUUCUUAUUUAAAUAUAAAAAAUUUACUAUUAAUUACAGUAAUUUUAUCAGUUAUUGUUGGAGCAAUAGGUGGAUUGAAUCAAACAUCUUUACGAAAAUUAAUAGCUUAUUCAUCAAUUAAUCAUUUAGGAUGAAUAUUAAGAUCAAUUAUAAUUAGAGAAUCUAUUUGAUUAAUUUAUUUUUUAUUUUAUUCUUUUCUUUCAUUUAUUUUAACAUUUAUAUUUAAUAUUUUUAAAUUAUUUCAUAUAAAUCAAUUAUUUUCUUGAUUUAUAAAUAGAAAAAUUUUGAAAUUUUCAAUAUUUAUAAAUUUUUUAUCUUUAGGUGGAUUACCUCCAUUUUUAGGAUUUUUACCUAAAUGAUUAGUAAUUCAACAAUUAACAAUAUGUAAUCAAUAUUUUUUAUUAACAGUAAUGAUAAUAUCAACUUUAAUUACAUUAUUUUUUUAUUUGCGAAUUUGUUACUCAGCUUUUAUAUUAAAUUAUUAUGAAAAUAACUGAAUGAUGAAAAUAAAUAUAAAUAGUACUAAUAUAAAUUUAUAUUUAAUUAUAACUUUUUUUUCAAUCUUUGGAUUAUUUUUAAUUUCUUUAUUUUUUUUAUACUAUAAGGCUUUAAGUUAAUUAAACUAAUAGCCUUCAAAGCUGUAAAUAUAGGAUAUUCCCUUUAAGCCUUAGUAAAUUUUACUCCUUCAAAAUUGCAGUUUGAUGUCAUAAACUAUGACUAUAAGACCAAUUUUAUAAAUGAUUAAGAAGAAUAAUUCUUAUAAAUAGAUUUACAAUCUAUUGCCUAAUCUUCAGCCACUUAAUCUAAUUUUAUAUUCGCGACAAUGAUUAUUUUCAACAAAUCAUAAAGAUAUUGGAACUUUAUAUUUUAUUUUUGGAGCUUGAGCAGGAAUAGUUGGAACAUCUCUAAGAAUUUUAAUUCGAGCUGAAUUAGGACAUCCCGGAGCUUUGAUUGGAGAUGAUCAAAUUUAUAAUGUUAUUGUAACAGCCCAUGCUUUUAUUAUAAUUUUUUUUAUAGUUAUACCAAUUAUAAUUGGAGGAUUUGGAAAUUGAUUAGUUCCCUUAAUAUUAGGAGCCCCUGAUAUAGCAUUUCCUCGAAUAAAUAAUAUAAGAUUUUGAUUACUUCCUCCUGCUCUUUCACUUUUAUUGGUAAGAAGAAUAGUUGAAAAUGGAGCUGGUACUGGGUGAACAGUAUAUCCACCUUUAUCUUCAGGAAUUGCUCAUGGAGGAGCUUCUGUAGAUUUAGCAAUUUUUUCAUUACAUUUAGCUGGAAUUUCAUCAAUUUUAGGAGCUGUAAAUUUUAUUACAACAGUUAUUAAUAUACGAUCAACAGGAAUUACUUUAGAUCGAAUACCUUUAUUUGUAUGAUCAGUUGUAAUUACUGCUUUAUUACUUUUAUUAUCACUACCAGUAUUAGCAGGAGCAAUUACAAUAUUAUUAACUGAUCGUAAUUUAAAUACUUCAUUUUUUGAUCCAGCUGGAGGAGGGGACCCUAUUUUAUACCAACAUUUAUUUUGAUUUUUUGGUCAUCCUGAAGUUUAUAUUUUAAUUUUACCAGGAUUUGGAAUAAUUUCUCAUAUUAUUAGUCAAGAAUCAGGAAAAAAGGAAACUUUUGGAUCUUUAGGAAUAAUUUAUGCAAUACUUGCUAUUGGAUUAUUAGGAUUUAUUGUAUGAGCCCAUCAUAUAUUUACAGUAGGAAUAGAUGUAGAUACACGAGCUUAUUUUACAUCAGCAACAAUAAUUAUUGCUGUACCUACUGGAAUUAAAAUUUUUAGAUGAUUAGCAACUCUUCAUGGAACUCAAUUAUCUUAUUCACCAGCUAUUUUAUGAGCUUUAGGAUUUGUUUUUUUAUUUACUGUUGGAGGAUUGACAGGAGUAGUUUUAGCUAAUUCAUCUGUUGAUAUUAUUCUUCAUGAUACUUACUAUGUUGUAGCUCAUUUUCAUUAUGUUUUAUCUAUAGGAGCAGUAUUUGCUAUUAUAGCUGGAUUUAUCCACUGAUAUCCAUUAUUUACUGGAUUAACAUUAAACUCUAAAUGAUUAAAAAGUCAAUUUAUUAUUAUAUUUAUUGGAGUAAAUUUAACAUUUUUUCCUCAACAUUUUUUAGGAUUAGCUGGUAUACCUCGACGUUAUUCAGAUUAUCCAGAUGCUUACACAACUUGAAAUGUUGUGUCAACUAUUGGAUCUACAAUUUCUUUAUUAGGUAUUUUAUUUUUUUUCUAUAUUAUUUGAGAAAGUUUAGUAUCACAACGACAAGUAAUUUAUCCAAUUCAAUUAAAUUCUUCAAUUGAAUGAUAUCAAAACACUCCACCAGCUGAACAUAGUUAUUCUGAAUUACCACUUUUAACUAAUUAAUU